AUGCAUCUUGUGAGUUUCCAUCGAACAGUACAAAGCCAAACAUCAAGGUUCAAGACGAAUUUCGCAUUGAAAUUAAGCUGCAUUCUGGUCGUUUUUGGAUGUCUUUUGACAACGGGACACUCCCAAACUAAUGAUGAAUUUACCGCUAAGGCCCGUGAAAUGAUGGCAAUAUUUGGCAAUCCUUCGGUCGAUCAAUACACAAAGGCCCGAAAUUUGCUGGCACUGGUUGAGUUCCUCGAGAAAUACUCCAAUCGUCUACAGCUGACAGAUCAGGAACGGGCAAAUGCCAAUAAUGUGGUCAGGAGAUAUAGGGCCCAAGAAUCCCAGCUAAUCGAUGGAGUUCCGGCUCAGGGAGGAUUCUGGUUCCUACUACACAUUUUUGCUCCCAUUAUUGGCGAAAUUUUGGGAGCCAUCACUAAGGCCAUUAUUGAAUAA